AUGGCAAGCUUCGAUUCCGGCUCAUUGCCUGACUUGCUGCGCCUUUAUUACCGUCGCCUCUUCCCUUUCGGCCUUUACGGCCGGUGGCUCCGCUACGGUGACGUGUCAAAGAACUAUUUUCAGCGACGGGAAUUCUCAUUCACACUCCGUGAUGAUAUCUAUGUGCGGUAUCAGUCUUUCAACACGCCACAGGAAUUGGAAAAAGAAAUCCAAAAAUUAUGUCCCUAUAAAAUUGACAUUGGUUUGUUCAUUUCUUUGCAGCCUAUCCAGCAUAAUACCGUCCACAUGGGUGCUUUUCAAGCUCAGGAAAAGGAAUUGGUGUUUGAUAUAGACCUGACAGAUUAUGAUGAUGUUAGGCAAUGCUGCAGCAACCUGUUGUCAAUUGUUACAAUUGUUAAAUUAGUAACACGGUUGUUAGGUGAAUUUCCUUCUGUCUCUUACAAAAUCAUCUUCUUUUCCAGAGCAUCAUUGGAUAUAGUGGCACGUUACUUCAAAGAAUAUGCCCUCGUUGGUCAGGACAUACUUGGAAAUAAAGAAAAAUGGGAAAAAGUGUUAGCUUUGGUUCCAGAAACAGAUCAAGAUUCUCUUCGUUCGGAAUUCCGUAAAAAGCACAAUUCAGAGCAGCGCUGGGAAGUUCUGGAAAAAAAGAAAAUGGUACACGCUGAAAGGGAGAUUAUGCUGCAAUACUGUUUUCCCCGCCUGGAUAUGAACGUUAGCAAAGGCAUCAACCAUCUGCUGAAGAGCCCUUUCAGCGUUCACCCAAAGACAGGACGCAUUUCAGUUCCAAUUGACCUGAAGAAGUUGGAUGACUUUGAUCCAUUUGCUGUCCCCACUAUAAGCCACCUCUGUCAUGAGCUGGACAUGAUUGGGAGAGAUAAAGGAAAUGGAAAGGAAACUGAUGGUCUCCAGGAAAGCUCUCAUAAAAGUCGAGAUUAUAAGAAAACCAGUCUAGCUCCAUAUGUGAAAGUCUUCGAACAGUUUUUAGAAGAAAUGGAGAAAUCUUACAAAGGACAACGUUUGAAAGAGAGUGGUAAGGGCAUGCUUCAGAAGGAUGCCAACUCCAACUCCAACUCGCUGAAGUUAAUCUCUCUUCAGUUUGGAGGAAGUUGAUAUAAUUUGUUGUAUUACAUAUUAAGUUUCUUCACAGUAUGCCUUAAUUGUGUUUAAAAUUAAUUUUCCCUUUUUUUCCCCUUAAAGACAUGCAGAUGGAUUUCUGAAGUUUUGAAGACAUAGUGCAUUGUCACAGGGCAGCUUCAUGUGGCCAGAUAAAUUGUAUUCAAAUACAGUAGAACUCUUGACUGUUUUGCUAGGUUUGUGCACAAAUCAGCCAUUUACAGACAAGGUCAAAAUAGGCUUGUCUUUGCUGAAGAAGAGGCGAUAAAAGCAUUAAUAGCCAUUCAGCCAACAGCUGAGCGCCACAUAAAAUAAAUAUUUGGUUUUGCAUAACAUGGGAGUAUAAUCAGUGGGAUACACAUUUGAAACAAUAGGGGUUUAUAUUGCAGAAUACAGUAUGUGUCAUAUACAUUUAUGCUUUAUGCAACAUGACAUCAUGCAGUUUUGACUGGUGACUAUGGUUUUUAAGAAUUUUGGGUAAUCCUUGACUUACAAUGGCAAUUGGGACCGGUAUUUUCAUUGCUAAGUGAUGUAGUUACGAAGUGGAAGUGCGUUCGUAUUGGUUAGCAACAGCAAUCCCUGCAUUCCCAGUUACCAUUGUUAACUAAAUCCCAAGGGCAUUAGGUGAGGAAACUUCUUGCCCACUUCCCGCAGCAAAAGUCAUUAGAAAGGCCAAAAGGAAGCUGCAAGUCCCAGGCAGAUGGGUAAGUGGCUGCUGCUGAGCACGGGAGCAGGAGGUCUGAGUAUAGUAUAUCAGUUGAGGAGGUGCAAAAGAGUGUGUAUCGUGUUGGAUGUGAGGGAGGCAUAGGGAAAAUUGGAGAGGAUGCGCAGGUGUGCACAAGCAGCCAGCACAAGGACAGAGGGGCUAAGAGAGUGCACAGGUAGGAGAGCCCCAAAGGUGCUAUUUUUUCAGAAGGCGAGUGGACUUUGUUUUUUCUUUUGAAGUUAUUUCGCUU